GGAAAACUGAAUCGUGGUAGGGACAUGCAGCAAGUGCAACACUAAGACGAGCACCAGUGAUCAUGUAACCGUGUUGAGGAAAGAGCUCAAUUUUGAUUUAUGUACCUACUGUGGGUGCAGGGGAAUAUACGGUGACGUCACGAAAACGUUAUUUCAAAAUUACGUGCGUUGAUUGUCAGCUGUGGCGGAUGCAGAGGAGGAGGAGACAGAGACUUGCGCAAGUUCUGUAUUCACUAUUAACCACGCACCCAGCGGCGCUGGAGUCCCAUAGUGCAGUGCGUUUUCACAUAGCCAUCUUGUGUCGAGUGAGACGAGGAAGGGAGGCAGUUUGUGAAAUUCAGUUCCCUUGAGUCUGUGAAAAAGAGAAGAACGAAGAGUUCGGGAAAGCUGUAUAACUGUCUUUACUAACCUUCCUAACAGCUGAGACCUUCAGCUUCCACUGAGCAGGACGUUGAAUUUAUACUCUGUCAACAGAAUGUCGUAUAUGCUAAUUCCCAGGUAGAAAAAGUGUUAUAAAAAGGAGAGUUGAGUAGAGCGGGCCCGCCUCAGACUAAAGUAGCUGCUGCAGCUGGGGAUCCAUAUCUGCGACAGCGGCCUGCUGACAACUCGGGAGCCGGGUGAUCAGCUGAUUGAGCAGGCCGGCUUUUGAGAAGAGAAGAAAAGGAAGCUACGGUCGGACAGAGAAGACGUAGCGGCGGAACUGCACGACUGGAGUAGAGAAGGUUGGAUCAUAUAUGUUUUUUUGAAGUCGUAAGAGCAACAGGAGGAAAGAGGAAGGAAGAUGAUGUAUAACCGUGUUUCUAACAGUUAUACACUGUGAAAUCGUUAUCUUUUUUUUUUGUUGUUGUUUUCGUAGACUGUAUAUACUUUAUCAUAGAAGGGGAGUGUGGAGUCAUUUCUUUUGUGGUUCUCAAAAUGUCUAAAAUGCCGGCGAAAAAGAAGAGCUGUUUUCAGAUCACAAGUGUCACUCAGGCUCAGGUGGCUGCUAGCAGCAUCACGGACGAUACGGAGAGUUUAGAUGACCCGGACGAAUCGAGGACUGAGGACGUGUCAUCGGAAAUCUUUGAUGUCUCCAGGGCUACAGAUUUGGAGCCAGAAGAAGUUUGCGAGCGAAGUUCAUCUGAAGAAACCUUAAAUAAUGUUGGGGAGACUGAAGCCUCUGGUGCGAUUACACCGAAUAUACCUCAAGAUGGGCAGCCAGUGGCAUUAAGAAGCACGGUUUUGACAGCUCAUUCCGCCGUUCCCAAUGUUAAUCCACAAGUUUUGGGACUAGGAGUAACGUCAGCCCAGCCCCCUGCUGCUUCAGUUGGGGGUCUGCAACAAUCUACACCAGCAGCUAGCACUGGAGUGUCUACUAAUGUGUCAGUAGUCACGUCCCAGUCUCCUCCGCCCACUGCCGCCGCCGCUUCUACUACGACAACUUGCAGUUCACGUUUCAGGGUCAUCAAACUUGAUCAUGGUACAGGAGAACCCUUCAGGAGGGGCAGAUGGACCUGCAUGGAAUUCUAUGAAAGAGAUUCCGAAGGCUCUGUAAUUACCAGGACUGUGGAUAGCAUGAGGCAUGCUACUACUUCGGAACACAGCACAGAUAGGGAUAGUGGUCUUGGUGCCACUGGCGGUUCUGUUGUUGGCCCUGCCCCACACUCAAUGCAGGGACCUGAUUCUACAGCUGACAGUUCAUUUGCUGCUGUUUCCCACUUGCAACAGGCUGACCAGAGCAGCCAGCCCUCUCAGCAGCAGGGUUAUGGUAUGGGGCUUCAGACUGCCAGUGGAACUAUGGCACAAGGUGCGUUUCAGCCCCUUGUAUAUUCCACUCCUGCUGUUCCCGGCAUCCAGCAAAAUGUUGUUCCAACGCAGCAGGUACAGGUCAAUGUGCCGCCUGCUACUGCACAAAUCCCCCUUGGACACAAUGGAAUGAGCAUGCAGCAUCAAAGUGUAACAGUGCAACAGGCUGUCAUGCCCGUGCCUUCUCGGCAUCAGCAGGUACAGAAUCCACCCAGUGUACCACCAGUGUCUCAGCCCCAGCAGUUUGCAUAUCCAGUUCAGCCCCAGCAGCUCCCCCCUGCCCACCUGUUGCCAAGCCAGCCCUCUGCCCUACCCAGCAGUCAGCCGGAUUACCGACAGCACCUGCACCUGCAAAGUGCCCCAGGAUCAACAGCACAGACCCUCCUGGUUUCCAGUCUUCCGGUGGGCCAGUCAGUGAGCCAGGGUCCCUCGCCAGUCAUGACACCUGCUGCCAGUGGGGCCCAAGUGUUGGGACUGCCAGUUCAGACUGGUGAAUCAGCUGAGCAAGGCACUGGAGUCAUGCAAGGUAGUCAUUCAGCUCCUGCUCAGGGAGUCCUUCAGCAGCAAGGAGGUGUGGUGCAGCAGUGUGUAGGAACAGUGCCUGGCGUUGUGCAACUGCAGCAGCAGGCUAUGAGUCAGCAGCAGGCUCCAGGGGAGGGUGGAAGCAAUCAACUCUCGGGCCUCCACCCAGGGGUCCUUGGCGUCCAAAACGUGCCUGCUGUUGUGCCCACUACUGGUAUUUUGAGUGGUUCAACAAGUGUGCCAGGUGUGUCCAGCAAUCCUGUGACCAUGCCAAAUGUUCCCCCAACAAUAGGACAAUCCAAUAUGAUGAGUCAAUCGCAGGCCUCCAGGGUUGCAAACUUAGCCCAGACUGCAGGGUCUGGCGUGCAAGGGCUGCCAAGUGUAGCCUCAAACCUGCCCCAGUCCAAUUUCAGCCAGUUUCAGGCCCAAACCCAAUCUGUCGUCAGCCAGGUGGAUGAGAACCGAAGAAAUUCCGAUGUUCUACCUCAGCCUCCUGUAAUUUCUGGAAAAGAUCUUAUUAAGCCUUUCAUUCCUGAGCCCCUGCAUCUGUCAGCAGCCACCCCCAUGAACAGCAUAACAACAACAGUAUUUGGCAUACCCAUUACCAUUGAUGGUGAUGAAGACAGGAAUCCAUCAACUGCUUUCUACCAAGCAUUUCCUUGUAACAAGUUACGGAAUUCAAAGAAGGCCCGUAAUAGUACAUCUGGAGCAAGUGUUGUAGCCAUCGAUAACAAAAUAGAGCAGGCAAUGGAUUUGGUUAAAAGCCAUUUAAUGUAUGCAGUCAGAGAGGAAGUCGAAGUACUGAAGGAGCAGAUAAAGGAGUUGUAUGAGAGGAACUCUGUACUGGAACGAGAGAAUGCUCUUUUAAAGUCCCUUGCUAAUAAUGACCAGUUAUCCCAGCUUCCUGUUCAACUGACCAAUCCCAGCAGCACUUCUCCCCCGCAGCAACAGCUAACAGCAGCACCUGCAGAGGGAGGCUCCCAGCCAACGCAACUUCCACAGCAGCCUAAUGUCUCCUCUGCGUGAAGCUUCUAAUCUUCAUAGAAAAAAAAAGAAUAUCGUGUUUGCCACGGUUUCUUGCCAGUCUACAAGUGAAGAGGCGUGCUUCAGUGUGUGUGGUGUUUGGCCUUCCCAGUAUUAGACAAUCAUCCUGCAAGAGCUUUCUUUAAGUUGACAUCUCAUGCAAAGCAAGUGGAGUCCAGGUUGUGUCAGCAAUACAAAAGGCAAUUGCUAGGCGGGUUCAAGUUGGAUUGAGGCAACUACUGUAUAUCCAGUGUUGUAGAUUGUAUACAUCAAAUAAUUGAGGCUACCGUGUGAUUUUCUUGAAAACCAAGGGGGUCGAUUUUUAGCCUUGCUGUUUCAUGUUGUAAGAAGUGCGAGUCUGUUUUAAGAGCCACCAUACUUCAACAUGAGUAACUAACAUACAUAAGUUCAGUUUAACUGUUUGCAUUUAUUUAUUACAGGGCUGCUAUUUUCAUAAUGUAAAUGAACAAUGUCACAGAAUCAGUUUAAUUGAGCUUUUUUGAAAUGUAAAAUAAUUGGUAAUACAACUAAUGGGUGGAAUUGGAGAACAUAAUUAAAUAUAUAUAGGCAAUAAUAAAGAAUCCUGGCAUAGUGCUAACACUAAUGGCAAUUUUACUUUAGGAUUGUUUCUUUAGUUGAGACCCAGUUUGAAUGUAAAUUUUGUACAGAGUGUAAAGUAUAAAGAACGUAGCAAGUUGUACAGAUAGACACCAGUUCUUGUGAUAUAAAACCUUUAAAGAAUUUUCGGUGGGCUAUUUUGAUGAAGAAAACGUUGCUCAUUUAUGUUGCUAGUUUCUUUAUCGGAAAAAAGAAAAAAGAUUGCCAUAAUCCCCCCCCCCCCCC